CGCAGAUCGACCUCUUUCCGGGUCUGUUCGCCGUGCAUGGGCUCCAGGGGAAUCAUGGAGCAAAACCGGGGCUAAAUAUUUCCAUCCACCGAUGAUACUGAGGGAUUAAAAUCACCUUUUCAUUUUUGGACCAUGUAAGUCGACACAAUGGAGGAGGCUUUGUUGACACCGGAGGACGGAAAGAGGCAGAAGAGGGUGAGAUUCCGGGUGGCCUCGGGGAACAGCGGGCGGGUUUUAAAAGAGAUGUUUAAGGAUGAAGGGCCGUCGGAUUCCCUGGAUUCAGACUGCACCAGCAGCUCCGAGGCGGACCGGGCCAGCACUCCAUCCACCAGCGGGGAGGUGAACGGACACCUGUGUGGAUUCUUGGGCUCGGAGUUGGAUGACAGUGGAAGUGAGCCUGACGACUUGCUGAUGUUUGCAGGAGGAAGAGACAAGGUGUUGAGUACCAAACGAGUGAACAUCCUCAGCAAAAAUGGGACGGUUCGAGGAGUCAAGCACAAAGUCAGUGCUGGCCAAAUACGCUUUGAUAACUUGGCUAAAAACAAUGGGCCAGAACUGACUCUAGAGUUUGGGCGAAUUGUAAUCUACACCACCAGUUUUCGAGUGGUCAGGACUACAUUUGAGCGAUGUGAGUUGGUCCGGAAGAUCUUUCAGAACCACAGGGUGAAGUUCAUAGAGAAGAACAUUGCUUUGGAUAGUGAAUAUGGGAAGGAACUGGAGACACGCUGCAAACGAGUGUGUGAACCUCCCUCACUGCCAGUGGUCUUCAUUGAUGGACACUACCUAGGGGGUGCAGAGAAAAUACUCGCAAUGAAUGAACUAGGGGAGCUUCAGGAUCUCCUCACCAAAAUAGAGAGAGUUCAGCACCCCGACACAUGCCAGACGUGUGGGGGAUUUGCCUUUGUCCCGUGCCCUAUGUGCCAUGGCAGCAAAAUGUCUGUGUUUCGCAACUGCUUCACCGACUCCUUCAAAGCCCUGAAGUGCACAGCGUGCAACGAGAACGGUCUCCAGCCCUGCUCCAGCUGUUCUCACUAA